AUGUUUUUGUCAACUCCUGUGUGCUAUCCUCCAGAUAAGCAACAAAGUGAACAAUCAAAAAUACUCGAUAAGAGUAGAGCAAACACUAGUACCACUCAAUAUCUUGAAAAAAUUCUUCAACAUUCAAAUUUAGUAAAAGAAGUUGAACUAAUCGAUAUUCAUAAACACUGUCUGGUACUAUCGAGUGAUCAAUAUCAUCUUCUUGUUUAUAAUGAGACAAAAUUUAUGUUAUUUAACAAUGAUUUACAACAAUUAAAAGAAUGUCACUGGAAUAAAGUAAAAAUUGGAGUUGACAUAGAAGAUAUUCAGUGGUCGAUAAGCGGAUUAGAACUAUUGAUAUUAACUGGUGAAAGUUUGUUCAAAUUUAAUCCGUUAACAUUCGAACUAAAUCAAAUUGAACUCAAUCACUCGAGUGGAAAACAUCGUUUUGAUAGUCAUUUUUGUUAUAUGACAAUUGAUAGUGAUGAUAAUGUGCUGUUGAAUCGUGAUUAUGGUGAUUCUUUUGAAAAAUAUUUAUUAAAAACUGGUCAAUUAAUUGAACAAUGGACGAAAUCAGAUAUUUAUGGUGAUCAUAGUAAAGUGUUUAUCAAUCAAAUUUACUUGAAUAUUCAAAAUAAUCUUUUAUCAAUGAAUGUCGAUGUUUGUGGGCAAGGCGUUAUUGAUUUGGUUGAUGCUAAAACUAUGAAAUUACGAAAACGUAUGGAUUUAUCCGAUAUACAUUUGGCAUUUUUAUCAAAUGUUGGUCACUAUUUGUUUGUUGCAAGUGGCUUAAACUGGUCACGAAAUAUUAAAAUUGCUAAUUAUUAUUUGCUUAGUACAAGCAGAGGUGAAAUGAAAAAAUUGAAACGUGAUAUUUUAAAUAAUCGUUUUAUUUGUGAUUUGUCGUUAAUGAAUUCGAAUUCAUGCAUUAUUUUAAUAGAAAAUCAUGUUAAAAAACAUCAACAACUACAAUUAUACAAGAAUACGACUAAACUUAGUUAA